UAAUGAUACACACAAUUCGACCGUUAGCUUCUAUUUCUUAAUUCCCAAACCAAAAACACAACAUUUUCUCUCAUUCGUCUCUUCCAUCUUCACAAGAAAAAAUCUCACUGAUAGAAAUGGCAGUGGAAUACGCCUUCGCCGACGAGGAAAUGGUGAUCGAUGAGGGUCUCGGAUACCCCAGAGCCUAUGCCAAAAUAUGCCGGGACCGUAGUCUUGGUCCCUACCCCUAUGGCCCUCCUUUCACCUUCAUUCCUUACGUUUUGCACCAAAACGAGAAUCUGAGAGCAAAGGAACUGGAUGAACUGUUCCCACUUAUUGAUCCAAAGGCAAGACCAUCAGCUAAGCCAAAAAUCUUCAUUAAUCUCUUGUGGAAGCAGCUAAGUCAUUUAGGGAACGCGGGGUUUGAUCCGGAAGUAAUCCGAGUGGAUCCGUACGGAAAUGUCCUGUAUUACCAUGCUGAUUCAGCUUCACCUCUUUCAUGGGACAUUGAUCACUGGUUUCCUUGUUCAAGGGGUGGAUUGACGGUUGCAAGUAAUCUGCGGGUACUACAAUGGCAAGUGUGCAAGAAAAAGUAUAACAAGCUGGAAUUUCAAGUUCCAUGGUGGGAUUUCCAGUUGGGAAUUUCUGUGAACCAGUUCUUAUCAAUUUUCGCUUCUCGAAACUCCGAUUUCAGGCACAGGGCAUUUUCCUUCUUGUUUGCAGAAGGUGAAAAUGAGGAAAUAAAUGCUUCUCAAACAGUGGAUUCACAUUCUUUCCCACAGCAUUUUAUCAAGUCAAAAGAUGAAUUCGGGCUUGCCCCAGCUGCUGUUGUUGUAACUCGGAAGGAACUAUAUGAUUCUUCAUCAGCUUUAAAAUCACUGGAUUACAACAGGCAGAUAAGGCCACAGUCUCCUAUUAUAGCUGCUAGGAAAACGAAAGGUAGCAUUUUGAAGGAAAAUGAAAACCCAGAUUUUGUUGCAAACCCAUACCAGGCCAUUGUAAUGGCCAGAGAUUCACUGAAACAAAGGGAAGAAACAAACAAAAUGCAAGCCGAAAUCCAGAAGUUGGAUGCUGAAGUGAGUGAAAUGAGGAAGAAAAACGAUGAAGAAAAGUUUGCCAUUCAAGACUUGGAAGCCGAGUUGAUAAAGAGGCGCAGAAGGGCCGAAAAGUGCAGGCGGCUGGCCGAGGCUCAAUCUUCAUACCGGACUAUGCUGGAAAAGAUGAUUCGGGAUGCCAUGCACCAGAGUGUUGUUUACAAGGAACAGGUGAGACUGAACCAGGCUGCUGCGAAUGCUCUCACCGCAAGACUCGAAGCGCAAAAGGCGAUAUGCGAUGCCUCGGAGAAGGAACUUCACAAGAAAUUUAAACAACGAGAUGAGCUCGAGAAGCAGAUAAGGCCGGAACUGGAACAUGCAAGGAAGCGAUCUCGAACCAAUGAUACUUUCUUCCAAGGACAAGAUAGCAAAACUGUUCUUUAUCUACCAGGAAUCAGGUCAAUGACACCUUCACACAAGGAGCUAAGGGUGUUUCUGGAGGAAGAGCAUAAGGCAUCUGUAGCUGGUUUAUCUUCAAAUGAAGAUCAAAAGCAUGAAGAAAUUGAGGAGGAACUCGCAAUUACAGCAAGAAAUGCCCUCAAACAUAAGCGAGAGGAGCAUGAUAAAGCCAUAGCUGCUUUAGAAGAUGAAAGACCAAUUGAGCAGAAGUUUGAAAGACUUGAAAUAAAAGAGGAGAGACAAGGAAUUCGAUACCCCGUCAUUGAAGGAGAGGAAGACGAAGAAAGUCGGAAGCAGCGCGGAAAAGGGAAUGUAGAUAGGUGGCUCCAAAUGCUGUUAGAGAACAGUCAAGAAGAAUUGGAGCCUCAAAAUGACAAUGUAGAUGCAGAGGAAGUGAGUGGAACUGAUGACAUCAUAAAAAAGCUAGACUUGAAGUAUCCCCUGAAAGAGAAGAAAGAAGAUAAAAAUGUUAAUGUAGAAGGAAACAAAACACCAAGGAGAAAUAGCAAUGCUAGUGAAGUCAUCGAAAGCCGAAAAGAAAGAGUUCUUAAGAGGUCAGAGAGCGCCAGGGCCUUUCGACGAAUCCCAUCUUCACCAUCUUUGAUCUUGGGAGGUAUGAAGAAAGGAGUGGAAUGCAUAAGGAAGAAGCCAAUAGUAACUAGUGACGAUGAACAAGAUUAUUAUGCUGUGGGAAACAACUUCAUCAAAUCUUCCUUCAAAACAAUAAAGAAGGCAGUGACAAUAUGAACCAGUGAUGCCUAUCUCCUGAGUUUAAUUAUCUUCAUUCUUUCUACAUUUAGGUGAUGUAUAUUUAUAUAUUGAUUUGCUAAAAGUAUGUGUCAAGUUGAAUAAUUGAGUGAAUGUAUGUAUUUUCAAUUUUCAUUAUUUUAUAA